AUGGAUCUUUCAGACUACCUUUGCCAGAACGAGAUAGAUCAAUUGAAUCAGGUUUUCGAGAUCUCCCUUCGCCAUGAUUCUGCACUCGUCUUCUGGACCGGCAUAUCUCAACAGCUCGCUCAGGAUUGGGCCCGUAGAAACGACCUAAAGACGCUCACUAUUGCUAUGGGUUCAUUAUAUGCCAAAGGCAGUCAAGGCAGGCCAAAGUCUCGAAAGUCUAAGAAGGCGUGGUCCAAAUAUAUGAAAGGCGCAUCCUGGAUAUUUGCACAACAGGCUUGCCAAAACAGGUAUGCCAUCGUACUCACAAAUGCACCGCCGAAUGUCUACAGCACGCGCGAAGACUCAAGUUUCCGCGAAAUUGAAGAGCCGAUACUCAAAGGAAUUGAGAGCGAUCGACAUACAAUACAAAUCGAGUAUGUGCAUCCAAAAUUUUCGGGUGCUGCGAGCUUUCGUUAUCAGACAUGGCCUGAGAAUCGUUCUUCGGAAUGGCAUAGCUUCUUGGAAUGCAUCACCAUCAAGGAUAUGGUGAAAAGGUUCGUCCAGCGUGCUAAAUUAAGGCGAUCAGAAGUAAUAGUGGAAUUGGAGAAUAUGACGCCUCUACACAAUUCAGAGCACUCGGUUUCUCUUGACACCGUAUAUAGAGACGGACAACAGGAGAGUGCGCAGCAGGUUAGGGCGGCCGGGCGAGCCCAGGUUGCGGGAGAGCAGCAGACAGCGCGAGCGAAGAAGGCAGCAAAGCAACUCAAGGUCGAGAGAGAGCAGCAGGCAGCGCGAGCGAAGAAGGCAGCAAAGCAACUAAAGGUCGAGAGAGAGCAGCAGGCGGCGCAAGCGAAGAAGGCGGCAAAGCAACUCAAGGUCGAGAGAGAGCAGCAGCAGGCAGCGCGAGCGGAGAAGGCUACAAAGCAACUCAAGGUCGCGAAGGUUUUGACUUGCAAGGUUCCCGGAGCAACGUUUCUGCCAUGCCUAGGGUGA